AUGCUGCUGGGCACCAUGAGUGAAGCACAGCCCGCGGAAGGUGGCCGAGCUCUUCCUUCCAAACAGGAUGACUGGCCACAAGAGCAAAAAGUCUCUCGGAGCGACCAGGGUACAGUGAAAAGGCUCUGUCCCACCCAGGCGCCGCGGCUGUGCCGGGGAUUCUUGCUGCAGAUACCAGUGGGUGCUGUCAGCCAAGCAGAAAAGAAUGUCCACAAGUGCAGUAGCAAGUGUGAAGUUUACUCCAGUAAAAUGGAGACUGUUCAGGCCGCCGCCGCCCGGCAGCGGGCGCUGCUGUUGGCCAACGAGGAGGAGGACCGGGAGAUCCGGAAGCUGGAGCGCCGCCUGGGCUGGCACAAGCGCAGGAAGAAGGGCGACGGCGGCUCGGUGCCGCUCAGCUUCGCGCGGGACGGGCUGGGCUACAUCCUGGGGGCCCUGGAGCCCCGGGGCGGCCUGGGCGGCCUGGGCGACGGUGACAGCGGCGGGGAGGAGGAGGCCGCGGCGGCGGGACGACACACCCGCCCCGGGAGCGACCCGGGGAGCGAGGAGGAGGAGGAGGAGGAGGAGGAAGACGAGGCGCGGGGGGAGAGCGCACCGAAGAGAGUCCGUUUUGCAGACGAAGAGGAGAGCCAGAGUUCCUCUGAAGACGAAGACACGAGCCAGAGUUCCUCGGAAGAGGACGAGGACGACGCGCCGAGUCAGGAGAGCCCUUGUGAGCCUGGUAGACAGUACAUCCCGCCUCAGGUGAGGCUGGAGGAGGAGGGCACAGGGGAUGUCCGCAAGAAGGAAGAACUAGAAAGGCUGAAGAAGCAGGUUAAAGGCCUCAUUAACAGGCUGAGUGAGCCGAACAUGGCUUCCAUCAGUGGGCAGCUGGAGGAGCUGUACAUGACCCACAGCAGGAAGGACAUGAACGACACCCUAACCGCAGCCCUCAUGGGCGCCUGCGUCACUGCCACGGCCAUGCCCAGCAGACUGAUGAUGGAGCAUGUCCUCCUCGUUAGCAUCCUUCACCACACGGUUGGGAUCGAGGUUGGCGCGGGCUUUCUGGAGGCUGUGGUGAGGAAGUUUGAUGAUGUCUAUAAAAAUGGAGGUGAAGACAAAGAGUGUGACAACCUCUUCACCAUCGUUGCCCAUUUGUACAAUUUCCACGUGGUGCAGUCUCUUCUUGUCUUUGAUAUUUUGAAGAAACUUAUUGGAACUUUCACAGAAAAAGACAUUGAACUAAUCCUAUUAAUGCUGAAAAACGUGGGCUCUGCCCUGAGGAAAGAUGACCCGUUGGCAUUGAAGGAGCUGAUCACAGAAGCCCAGGCCAAGGCCAGCGGGGCGGGCGGCAGAUUUCAGGACCAGACCAGGAUACGAUUUAUGCUGGAGACGAUGCUGGCGUUAAAGAACAACGACAUGCGCAAAAUUCCAGGUUAUGACCCUGAGCCUGUGGAGAAACUGAGGAAGUUACAAAGAGCUCUGGUGCGCAGUGCUGGCUCAGGUUCUGAGACUCAACUUCGUGUCUCCUGGGACGGGAUCUUGAAUGCAGAGCAAACCGGCCGCUGGUGGAUUGUGGGGUCUGCAUGGAGUGGAGCCCCCAUGAUCGACAGCAGUCACCAGACUCACCUGCAGAAACCACUUGCUGGCAAGUGGCUGUUUGUGUGCUGCAGGCUGGGGCUGAAGGAGCAGCAGGAGAGAGAGGUGGUCCACGUGCUCAUGGACUGUUGCCUGCAAGAGAAAACAUACAACCCCUUCUACGCCUUCCUGGCCAGCAAGUUCUGCAGCUAUGAGCGGCGGUUCCAGAAUGCAGCGCUGAUGAGCCCUUCCCGGUGGUCUGAAGGCCAUGGCUUUGGGAGUGGGCACGAGAAGGUUGCAGAUGGACACAGUCACUACAGAGUGGCGUGGCUGCAGGGGGCAGUGCCAGCCCCAGGGGGCUGUGCUACAGGAACCUGCUGUGGAGGACAUAGCCCCAGGAGCCCCCCGACCCCAGCUCUGGCUGUGGUCGAGUUCAGUGAGCUUGACAAACCCAGAGUCCACUUUUUACAGAAGGUGCUAACUAUUGUGUUAAUGGAAACAGAAGUUGAAGACUUGGGUUUGAUUUUUGCCAAAGUGUCUGAGAACCCAAAGCUGGGCGUGUUGCGGGAAAGCCUGAAGCUCUUCAUUGGCCACUUCUUACUGAAGCACGUGCAGGCCCACCAGAGUGCCGAGGAGGCCAGCGAGCUGCGAGAGAAGGCUGGCCUGGCCACCAAGUCUCUUCAGGGCAAAGCCAUGCUGAGGAUGUAGGCUGCGGAGCGCAAGCGUACUCGACCAAAAUGUCCUGCCGUCUAGUGUGUAGCCACGCGCAUGUUACACCCUACAGCAUCACACUUACUUUCUGGACAUCAGAAGAUUGUACAAGGGCUUAACAACUCUCGUCACAUUUUAAAUAUUGUAUUGUGAGAGAUUAUUUGGUUACAAGGUUAAAGCAUCCUGCUUAAACUACACCCCAGUCCUUGAGAUAAUUUUUGUAAUCCAAGUUUAUAUUGUAAUCCAAGCUUAUAAAAUAACACGUAUUUAAGUUGGGAGAGAGGUGAGCACUUCCUGGGCUGUGUUUUCUAUCCUGACCCCAUCUGCAUGCUUGUCUUAAUUCUUGUAAUGAUGAACUCUGCCACUAGAGGGUGCUAAUGGUCAUUCAUUGAUGGAUUGUCUUUCAUAUUGGUCAAAAGGUUAAAAACCAGUUAACUGAUACUUGAUGUGUUUAUUAAUACUUUCAAUGCAAUUGAAUUUUGACAAAGUCAGUUGAUAGUCUUGUAAAUAUCUACUACUGUGGAUUGAAAUUUUUUAUUGCUCACCCAACAUUUUGAUGCAAUAGAGGUUAUUUUAUACUA